UCGAAAUCUAAAGCUGGAAAGUGGCAAACAAACAGAACCUGAAGAAAAUUAACAAAGAGGAAGAAAGAAAGAGCUUCCACUCAAACGCGCUUUCUCUCUUCCUUCUCUCUCUCAAGCCAUGAGCCUCUUCGGUAUUGGUGGCAGAAACCAGAGAACAUUCCGCCCAAAAAAAAGUACUCCUUCUGGAAGCAAGGGAGCUCAGCUCAGAAAACACAUUGAUGCGACGUUAGGUAGUGGAAAUCUGAGGGAAGCAGUAAAGCUACCUCCUGGGGAGGAUUUGAAUGAGUGGCUAGCUGUCAACACUGUUGAUUUUUUCAACCAGGUGAAUCUGCUCUAUGGCACCCUCACUGAGUUCUGUACUCCUGAGAAUUGUCGCACAAUGACUGCAGGACCCAAGUAUGAAUAUAGAUGGGCAGACGGUGUGCAAAUUAAAAAACCUAUUGAGGUAUCUGCUCCAAAAUAUGUAGAAUAUCUGAUGGACUGGAUUGAAUCACAGCUUGAUGAUGAAUCCAUAUUCCCCCAGAAGCUUGGUUCUCCAUUUCCUCCCAACUUUAAGGAUGUUGUGAAGACAAUAUUUAAGCGGCUGUUCCGUGUAUAUGCUCAUAUAUAUCAUUCUCACUUUCAGAAAAUUGUGAGCCUCAAAGAAGAGGCCCAUCUAAACACAUGCUUCAAGCAUUUUAUACUCUUCACUUGUGAGUUUGGGCUGAUUGACAAAAAGGAACUGGCUCCACUUCAAGAGCUUAUAGAAACCAUAAUAUAUUAAAAUGUAUGAAUUGGGACCAAAACUCUUACUGUGAAAUAUCUUAUCCUAGGAAACAUAAACUAAUGUGUUACUCUAAAAUCAGAGACUGCUUUUUUAAAUCUGAUUUUAGAAAUUCUCCUUGUAUCUGUUGUGUUGAAUGAGUUUGGGAACAGGGUCUAAUAAGUAUGAAAUACAUACAAUGGGGUACCAUGGAUCCCAAUGUUUAACUUUAAUGUUUUAGCUUGUUUGCCAUCUAAAAAGCCUACUUCAUGUUUGAUGUUUUAGUAUGAA